UUUUUUAAAUGUAAGAUUUAGCGAAAAUGUUUUUUAAGCAGAUUGUGCUUUGUUUUAUACUAUUGUUGGUGACUGAGUAUUUUGGAGAUGUGUCUGGUUUAUCUCAAGGAGAUGAAGGUGUCUGCGUUGUCAAAAUCAGCUCAAAGAAAACAAAGAGAAUAUCUUACACUAGAUAUACGAAUAAAUGGUGCGGCAUCAGGAAAUGUAUCGUGAAAGCUUUUAGGAAUCAGCCCUACGUGGUAACGUCAGAACUGAUGAUGUGCUGCAGCGGUUGGCAGUACCAAUCGCAUCAGGAUGUGUGCGUCCCUCUCUGCAGCGCCGGAUGCCAAGGAGGGCGAUGUGUUGCCCCUGAGAUCUGCCAAUGUGACUCGCCUGCGCGUCUCGAUCCUGACCACCCGAACAUUUGCCUGACCCCAGUUUGUGAUGCACCAUGUGUUAAUGCCAAUUGCUCAUCAAACAACACGUGCGCUUGCCUACAUGACUUCCAAGUAUUCAACAGAACACACUGCUACAAAUGUGAUCACGGAUAUGAUAUCAAUUCGAAUUUCGAAUGCGCUCCGAAGUGUGACAGUCUUUGCGUCAACGGGAUUUGUACUGCACCGAAUGUAUGCUCAUGUUCUCCAGGAUAUAUUCUUAAAGAUAAUUUCACUUGUGUCCCAAAAUGUGAUAGCCCUUGCGUCAAUGGAAGCUGUGUUGCCCCGAACAUCUGUUCAUGUGCUUCAGGGUACAUUCUGAAAAACAAUUCUUGUAUCCCGGAAUGUAAAGAUUGUGUCAACGCGAAGUGCGAAGCCCCAAAUACCUGUGUUUGUUUUGAAGGUUUUAUUGCUAUUAAUGACACUCAUUGUGAACCGAACUGUGACGAUUGUAUAAACGGUGUCUGUGUAUCGGCCGGUGUCUGCGAAUGUGACGUGGGUUAUACGAAAGUGAAUGCAUCUGCAGUGAACCGAAUGUUUGCACGUGUUAUGAAGGCUAUCAGAAAAAUGAAACUCAUCCUCAUGUAUGCUACAAGCUGGGCGAAGAGUGUGAAACCUGCAAUCUACAUGGAGUUGGAGUUUGUGACACUACUGUACUACCUGGGAGGUAGUGGUACAUUUGCUACUAAAGUUAAUGUUAUACAAAAUAAGUAG